GAAGAGCAGAAGCCACAUGGCAAUCCAAGUUUGCCACUGGUUCGACCCGGUUCCAGAUUCGGUUUGGCUCCGUUUAUUGCAAUUCUUGUACUCUCUGUGUACACCAUUUUCGCUUUUUUCAACAGAGAUGAUAUUCCCACCUCAGAAAACCUGCUUCUAGUCCUGAUUUUCAUAGCAGUUUUGCUUUUUUUCACAUCGAAAAACAUAGCCUUAAUUCACCAAAACUUCGUUAUCUUCAAGCAAUUGUUUGAUGAGUAUGCUAAAAGAGUUGGCUUUUCUUGUUUUACAUCAAAACAACAUUCAAAAUCGGUCCAGUGGUUCAUUGGCGAGCCUGAUUUGGGUAAAAAGGAGAGUAAAGAAGAGUAUGCUAAGAAGAUUAUAAGAGAAGGGGUGCAGUUUUACAGCAAUGGCGACUUCUACGAAGGCGAAUUUCACAAAGGUAGGUGCAAUGGGAGUGGAGUUUACAAUUACUUUGUCAAUGGAAGAUAUGAAGGAGACUGGAUUGAUGGAAGAUACGAUGGAUAUGGAAUAGAGAGCUGGGCUAAAGGGAGUCGAUACCGGGGUCAAUAUAGACAAGGUUUGAGGCAUGGAUAUGGAGUUUACAAAUUUUACACCGGUGAUACUUAUGCCGGAGAGUGGUGUAAUGGGCAGAGCCAUGGCGCAGGAGCGCAGACUUGCGCAGAUGGGAGCUGUUACAUUGGAGAGUUCAAGUGUGGAGUUAAGCAUGGCUUUGGCUGUUACCAUUUCAGAAAUGGAGAUCGAUAUGCUGGGGAGUAUUUCGGAGAUAAAAUCCAUGGUUUUGGUGUCUAUCACUUUGCAAAUGGUCACUGCUAUGAAGGAUCGUGGCACGAAGGACGUAAACAAGGUUAUGGCAUGUAUACCUUUCGAAGCGGUGAGUCGAAAUGUGGCGAAUGGAAUGAUGGCAAUCUUAAGUCUCCCCUUCCGCCAUUAACUGACACAGUUCUUCAAGCAGUACAGGCUGCUAGAAAAAUGGCAGAAAAUGCAAUUCAUCUGCGUCCGGUGGAUGAACAAGUGAAAAAGGCCGUAAUGGCAGCAAACAGAGCUGCCACUGCAGCCCGAGUAGCUGCUGUCAAAGCCGUUCAGAACAGGAUUGAUGGAGAAUUUUGCGAUUUAUAGGUCAUUAUUGGUCCAGUCCGUAAUUGUAAAGUGACUAUAUCUGCAUUGUAGAACGAACAAACAAACUGAAUUCAAGCACCCCGAUAAGCAAAAGCUCACCGGGGGGUCGAGUCUGUAACCUUGUACAUAUAGCCAAGUAUAUAUACAUGAAUGGAAAAUCAAUUUUCAGUAAAGUUUGUGUC